AUCGACAUCUCUCCUUGCCUUUCAUUGACACUUAGCACGUUCGCCACACUUCACCAUGACUGACGCUCAUCAAACGAUACCCAGCACAGACAUCUACGGCCCGGGGACCUUCGUGGAUAAGGACUUCCUCCCUGCGCCCCAAGAUGCCGGUCGCAUCUUCGAGUAUAUCGCCAAGAGCACGCCUGGGUUCACCCAGGACCAAAAGCUCUGGAAGACCGUCAACUUCACGGGCAGUAAGCUUCCGGUCAUUCCCGGCCCCACCAAGGCCCCCCUUGUGGCCGCAGCCCUGCAUGCCAUGUGUGGUGUCGUCGCCCAUGAGAUCGUCGAGGACCGCGAUGGCACCCCGGCCAGUACGCAGCAGGUCAUGGUGAACACCAAUCACGCUGCGAUCUGGCUAGGAACCAUCUUCGCCGCCACCAUCGAGGGAGAAGACAUGACUGAGCUGGUCCGGUCGCGCAAGCUGUCGACCCUAUAUGAUCGGGAUUUUGAGCACGGAUGGCAGGCCACCCCACUGCGCCAACGAUCGACGGCGCUGUACAAGACUAAGACGCCCGGUGUGUGGUACCAGGUCCACGGCUCUCUGAACGCGGAGCCCGUUCUGAAGGCUCUGGGCAUGGACCCGGAGUACCCGGCCAAGACCCCGGACGAGGCGUACGAGUAUAUCAGCCGGCACGUCGAGCAGUGGACGGCUGACGAGCUGGAGAUGCUCAACAUUAAGAACGGGUUCUGUGGCAGUAUCUGCUUCACGCCGCAGGGAUGGGCCGACACGAUGAUGGGCAAGCGCCUCGCAGAGCAUCCGCUGGUCGGCUACUCGCGCCAGUCGCACGCCAUCCCUACUCCCGCCAUUCCGUUCGCCAAGGUCCCGAACGACAAGCGGCCGCUGGCGGGUGUCAAGGUCGUGGAGCUGGUUCGCAUUAUCGCCGGACCGGUCAUUGGGAACAUCCUCGCUUCACUGGGGGCUGAUGUCAUUCGCGUUAACUGCCGUCGCUUGGUAGACCUUAAUGUCCUGCAAUUUACAUUGAACACGGGCAAACGCACCAUCGAUCUUGAUCUCACCAAGGAGGAAGACAAGGCUCGCCUGCGCGAGUUGAUCGAGGACGCUGACGUCUUCGUGCAAGGUUUCCGCCCCAAGGUGAUCGAGAGAAAGGGCUUUGGAGUCAACGACCUCCUUGAGAUGGCCGGUAAGCGCGGCAAGGGAAUCGUCUACGUCGAGGAGAAUUGCUACGGCCCCGACGGCCCGUACAACGAGAGACCGGGCUGGCAGCAGAUUGGAGACGCAGCUUCCGGCUCGUCCUACAUCAUGGGCCGCUCCCUCGGUUUCAAGGACGGAACCAGCGUCCUACCGCCGUUGCCCAUCUCCGACAUGACCACUGGGCUGGUGGGUGCGUUGGGUGCCCUCAUGGCGCUGCGGGACCGGGCCCGACACGGCGGCUCCUACCGGGUGACAAGCUCGUUGGUCAAGGCAGAUGUGAUCAACCUGGAACCGGAGGUCGGUCUGUACUCUCCCGAGGUGGUGGAACGCAGCAACCAGCUGUUCAAGUGGGGCCACAUCGGGCCCGCGCAGUUCGUGACGGAGAUUCUGCUUGUCGUGAUGGACGGCUGGAAGAAUGUCUUCCCCCAGUACUUCAGUCCGGGCCCGGACUCACUGCUUACCAGUUUUGAGGGCGGUCCAUGGGGCCGCGUGGAGACUUUGAAGCCUGUCGUCCAGUUGAGCGAUCACGAGGUGACGCCUCGGUGGUUGACACCUGCAGUUCCUCACUGCUACCAUGAUCGGAACAUCCAGUGGCUUUGAGGUCCUUUCGCUGUGGAGCAUAUGUUUCCGUGCGCCAGACAGCUUGCGAUGAGAAGAGUGGCAGAUGAUUAAUCUGCCUGAAGAUGUUG